AUGCCGGGCUGCGGGCACUCCCACCGGGCUGGCGGCGCUGCUGUUUUCCGCACCCGGUGGCGGUUUGGAGGGAGCCCAUGGAAAGCUGCCUGCAUUCCCGGCCGCUUCCAGCACGGGCCCUGUCCCCGUGACUCGGCGCUCAGGGCAGGGGCGCCCUCGCUGCUGUCACCGGCUGCUUCCCAGGAGGAUGCCAAAACCCACUGCCCGGAGGCCAGGCCGGCCGGUACCACCCGUGGGACCAGGCGCUCUGGGGAGCGUCGUCCUGUGCUGCUGUCGGGCACGGGAGAUGGGGAGCAGGAGCCCGGCCCCAGCCAGGAAGGGCAGGAAGGGAGCCCGGCUCAGGAUCACUUGGAAAGCAGCCUGCCCGAGGAGGAGGCGCGCGGGGAGCGCGCGGCGGGGGGGUCCGGCAGGGACCCGCGGGGAGGCGCAGGCCCUGGCACCGGCCCCGGAGGAUGCGGCCGGCCCGGCCUCCAUCCGUCUGCAGAGCCCUCGCCGGCCGAGACGAGCGACGAGGACUUCCUGGAGGAGGCGGCCGACGAGGACGGCGGCAGCGACGGCAUGGGGGGCGACGGCAGCGAGUUCCUGCAGCGGGACUUCUCGGAGACCUACGAGCGGUACCACGUGGAGAGCCUGCAGAACAUGAGCAAGCAGGAGCUCGUCAAGGAGUACCUGGAGCUCGAGAAGUGCCUGUCGCGCAUGGAGGACGAGAACAACCGGCUGCGGAUGGAGAGCAAGAAGUGAGGGGGGAAGGGGGCCCGGCUGCGGCAGCUGGAGCUCGAGGGGGACAAGUUGCGAGCCGAGAACCUGCGAAGGUUCCGAGCGUCGCUCUGCUGCGGGCGCCUCCGCGGGCGCUGCCGGCGCGGGGAGCUGGGCCUGGCUCCGGUUCCUGGCCAGCCGCUCCGCGGAGCUCCCCCUGCGGACGCUGCUUGCCGGGAGCUUUAA